GUGUCAAGCACGGCAUCAAGAAAACGCCAUUCCGCGCUCAGAUCUCACAAAAAAAGAUCCAAUUGUCAUAGACAUGUUUCUCCGACCAGCGCGCACCUGCACACGGGCACUCCACACAUCAACCCGCGCAAUCACGGCCCGGCCGUCCAUAAACCCACCAAACGACGCUUUCCGAAACCGGCAAAACCUAGUUCCCAAAUUUUCGACAAAACAGUCAUCAUUGCAAUUGAGCAGCAGGCGAUUCAUAGCAACCUCAGUACCCCGACUUCAACAACUCGGCUCCGCAGAACGGAUUUCAACAUCCAAAAUGGCAGGCGACGAUCACUACCUCACGCUCUCAUGCCCAGAUAAGGCAGGCAUCGUGUACGCCGUCACGGGCCUACUGGCAAAGGAAAACCUCACGAUUCUCGAUCUUCAGCAAUUCUCCGACCCAGACUCCAAGACUUUCUUCAUGCGUGUGCAUUUCGGCCAUGCAGCAGAUGUCUCAGCGCUACAAGAAAGCAUGAGGAAGCUCGCUUCCGAAAUGAGCAUGACAUACCAGAUCCAACGCGUAGACUCCAAGCCCAAAGUCCUCAUUAUGGUGUCAAAGAUUGGACACUGCCUCAACGACCUCUUGUUCCGCGUCAAGUCUGGCCAACUCAAAGUCGAGGUUCCAAUCAUUGUGUCCAACCACCCCGAGUUCGCGGAGCUGGCAAAGAACAACGGCAUUGAAUUCCACCACCUUCCUGUGACCAAGGACACCAAGGAGAAGCAGGAGACGCAGAUUCUGGAUCUCAUCAAGCAACACAACAUCGACCUUGUUGUUUUGGCGCGCUACAUGCAAGUCCUCUCACCGCGCUUGUGCACGGAGAUGUCGGGAAAGAUUAUAAAUAUUCAUCACUCUUUCUUGCCUUCGUUCAAGGGCGCGAAACCAUACCACCAGGCCUACGAGCGUGGUGUUAAGAUUAUCGGUGCGACCGCGCAUUUCGUUACUGCGGAUCUGGACGAGGGACCAAUCAUUGAACAGCGCGUUGCGAGGGUCGACCAUGCGUUGAGUCCCAAGGAGUUGGUGGAGGAGGGUAGUAAUGUCGAGAGCCAGGUUCUGGCUGCGGCGGUCAAAUGGUGGAGCGAGAAGAGGGUGUUUUUGAACGGUCAAAAGACCGUUGUGUUCAACUAGAGUGUGCCAUUAAGAGUCGACGAAAAGCAAUGUAAAUACAAACAUAUGUGUGAUGAGAAGUCCUGA